UCCAAGAGAAAUCGAGAUAGAUAGAUAUAGGUAGAUAGAUAGAUGGAUAGGUGUGAAUCUUUUGUACGUGAGCAUUUCUCCAUGUCUUCUGCCUAAGAAAUAAGUUGCUCAUUGUCUCCGUUGGAGAGACCGUAGCCAACAACAGAGUCGUUUGAUUUCUGUGAGGCAAAUCUUUUGCUUGCUGGCCAUGGGGUUCCUCUGCCGCCGCCGCAGCAGCGCUGCACCGGCGGAGUCCUUCUCCCUGCUGUGCGAGGAGGACAGCGAGAGCGUCUUCGGCAGCGACGACGACGGUGUGGAGGAGACAGCGACGAUGGCGCCGGAGUUGGGGAAGAUGAUGAGCCUUGGCUUCUCUGCGUCUCACCAUCUUGGGGAUGGUGGUGGUGGUGGUGAGGAGCUCGUUGGAUCUUUCAUGGAGAAAGAGGUGGAGCAGAUGGUUGAGACUGCGAGAGGAGAGUACCUGACGAAGCUGAGCAAUGGAGGCAUAGAGCUCUCCUGCAGGAUUGCUGCCAUUGAUUGGAUUUGCAAGGUUCAGGCUUACUACAGUUUUGGACCAUUGUGUGCUUACCUUGCUGUCAACUAUCUGGAUAGGUUCCUCUCCUCGGUAGAGUUCUCAGUAACAAAUGACAUGCCCUGGAUGCAGCAGCUGCUGAUAGUUGCUUGCCUAUCUCUUGCUGCCAAGAUGGAGGAGACUGCAGCUCCCGGCACUCUAGACCUUCAGGUUUGCAAUCCAGAAUACGUAUUCGACGCAGAGACUAUCCAUAGGAUGGAGAUCAUUGUGCUAACCACUCUGAAAUGGAGAAUGCAAGCUGUGACCCCUUUCACUUACAUUGGUCACUUCUUGGACAAGAUCAAUGAGGGAAAUCGGAUAACCAGUGAACUGAUAUCUCGAUGCACCGAGAUCAUACUCAGCACCAUGAAAGCAACUGUGUUCCUGAGAUUCAGACCUUCUGAGAUUGCCACAGCUGUAGCUCUAUCUGUAGUUGCUGACGGAGGCCGCGUUCUUGACUUUGGCGGUGUUCUUGAAUCUUCUAAACUCCCUGUAGAUAAGGACAAUGUGGGGAGAUGCCAUCAAGCAAUGCAAGAGAUGGCAUUGGUGAUGCAAAACAGCACUGCAAGUCCAUCUGGUGUGUUGGACACAUCAUGUUUCACCUCUAAGAGUGAUGAUGACUACUCAAUCCCAGGAACAUCACCACAAGUCGAUAACAACAACAACCAGGCCUGUACUCCUGCUUCCAAAAGGGCAAGGGUAGAGGAAGCACCAAUGUCAUAAGAUCACACACAUAAGGCAUACAGGAUUGAUAUUCUCUUUAUCGUUUUGCCGAAUUCGGCACUUAGGCAUAAUUUAAAAAGAAACAAUAGGCAUGGUAACUAGAAAAGAACCAUAUUUCUUCUUCAAUCCUUUUUUCUUUUAUGAAAAACAGUAAGAGAGAUUCGAUACAAUUAUGCUUUCUCUUUCUUUUAAUACAGUCUUCUCCUGCAAAAGUG